AACAGCUCUUAAACCCUUUCUGCGUCAUCCUAGGGUUUUUGUUUUUCUGCUCUCCAAUUCGGAGACCGAAGAACCAAAACAGACUGAGUAAUUGGUCUCUCUUCCUCCGCUGCUUCUACACACAAUGAAGGUCAAAGUUAUAUCACGCUCCGUGGAUGAGUUCACCCGAGAGCGAAGUCAAGACCUUCAGAGGGUGUUCCGGAAUUACGAUCCCAGCCUUCGUCCUCAAGAGAAGGCGGUGGAGUAUGUGCGUGCUGUUAAUGCGGUGAAGUUGGACAAGAUAUUUGCAAGACCAUUUAUUGGAGCAUUGGAUGGGCAUGUAGAUGCUGUUUCGUGUAUGACGAGGAACCCUAGCCAGUUGAAAGGGAUAUUCUCCAGUUCGAUGGAUGGAGAUAUUCGUCUCUGGGAUUUAGCUGCAAGACGGACAGUUUGUCAGUUUCCUGGUCACCGAGGUGCUGUACGAGGCUUGACAGCAUCUACAGAUGGACGCAUUCUUGUGUCAUGUGGAACUGAUUGCACUAUCAGACUCUGGAGUGUUCCUAUUACUACUCUUAUGGAGUCAGAUGACUCAACUAAGAGCACUGUUGAGCCAGCAAGUGUUUAUGUUUGGAAGAAUGCAUUUUGGGGUGCUGAUCACCAGUGGGAUGGCGAGCAUUUUGCCACAGCUGGUGCUCAAGUAGAUAUAUGGAAUCACAACAGGUCUCAGCCAAUAAACAGUUUUGAAUGGGGGUCAGAUACUGUAAUUUCUGUCCGGUUUAAUCCUGGAGAACCAAAUCUGUUGGCCACCUCAGCUAGUGACCGGAGCAUAAUUCUGUAUGAUUUACGUAUGUCUUCCCCAGUGAGGAAAAUGAUAAUGAUGACCAAAACAAAUUCUAUAUGUUGGAACCCAAUGGAACCCAUAAAUUUUACGGCUGCAAAUGAAGAUGGUAACUGCUAUAGCUAUGAUGCUAGGAAGUUAGAUGAAGCUAAAUGUGUUCACAGAGAUCAUGUUUCUGCAGUGAUGGAUGUUGACUACUCACCAACCGGACGGGAGUUUGUCACUGGAUCUUAUGAUAGAACAGUGAGAAUUUUCCAGUAUAAUGGUGGUCACAGCAAGGAGAUUUAUCAUACUAAGAGAAUGCAAAGGGUAUUUGCUGUCAAGUUCAGUGGUGAUGGAAGUUAUGUGAUUUCAGGAAGUGAUGACACUAACCUUAGGCUUUGGAAGGCAAAAGCAUCGGAGCAACUUGGAGUAAUUCUCCCAAGGGAACGGAAGAAGCAUGAGUAUCAUGAAGCCAUAAAAAAACGCUAUAAGCACCUCCCUGAAGUUAACCGUAUCGCAAGACAUAGACACUUGCCAAGACCAAUAUUCAAAGCUUCUGCUUUAAUGCGCGUUAUGGCGGAUGCUAAGAGAAGGAAGGAAGAGAAGAGGAAAGCUCACAGUGCUCCAGGGAGUAUUACAACACAGCCAUUACGAAGACGAAGAAUUAUCAAAGAAGUCGAGUGAGGUUUUUCUGAGCCGGUACCUAAAAAAAAUCAAGCAAAUAUUUAUCAGCUAUUACGGAGACGAAGAAUUAUCAAAUAUACUGAUGUCAGCAUGCUUCUCUUGGGACGUUCCAUCUCUGGAGGUGCUUCCAGGUUGAUUUCUUAGGCAAAUGGAUGUACCGUGCCUACAAUUUUAUGCCUAGUUGGCUCAGUUGCAUGUUUAGAUUGGUAAAACAAGGUUAUAUUUUUGUGAUUCUUCUUCUGGGUUCAGUUCACUCCCAAUUCAAGAAUUUUUUUUUCUUGAAUGUAGUUUCUCCUUUUCCUUAAAAGCCCUUAGAGAGCUAAUUGUUAUAUUUUUAAUUCAAUUCAGUGCAGUGAUUAUGACAAAAUCAGUGACAGAUUUCAGUUUUAGUAUUUAUAAAAAAAAAAUCAUUGUUUAGUA